AUGAUAGAGACCACGCCUUUGUACACAGCUGGCACGGGCGACUCUGGAGUUGUUCUUGGGCGGCGAACCUCCGGCGACGAGCAAGCCAUCAUACGAAACGGAAGGCGCUUGGGGUUUGCAGCUACCCGCGUCUUUGAAGACAUCAGAUGGAAAUCGUCCUGUGAUACACAGUGGGAGUUUGGCAAGAGGUUCUUUAUGGGCGGGUCGAUGAGCAAAGACGAGAAUCUCACACCAUCGUACCUUACCGCCAAACCUGUCAUAACUGUCAGUAGGCUAGAGGAUGAGCUGACAUCCAUCCUCAUCUUGGCUACUGAUGUUGCACAACUGCACGAAUAUGGAGGUGGUGGAUCUUGUGGUGAGAUGGCUGGAAGUCCAGUCGGAGAGCACUAUCAGGGAGAUGAACAUGAAGCUGCAAAUGGCGCUGACUACUGCCUGGUGGAAGAGCGAGCCCCAGAGGGAGGCAAACUGUGCUCUGGAUUUGACUUUCUUGAACGCUGGAACAAUGUUGAUGUCAGGUUUCCAGAAGAAAGAGCAACGAUUGAAGAUUCUAACAAUAUCGCCGUGUAUCUACUGCGCAAUGCUUUUGGAGGCAAUCAUCGAGAGCUGCUGACAGGACGACUUGUGUAUCAGGCACCAGUUUCGAAAAACAAAAGUGCCAAAACAAAACCACAGAACGCUGUUACCAUCCUGGGCGCUCCAUGUCUUCGUUUCUCACCAUCUCGUCUCAUCUCCGCCUUCAGGCUUUUCGAAGAGAAAUGCGCGAUGGAGCUGGGUUCAUCGCGGGCUUUGCUCCAAAUUUUAGUUUCGGCAAAGGACUGUCCUACAAGAUAA